UUGAAUCAUCCGUGACCGUCACUGAAAUUAGAAAAUACUGUAGUAGAUAAAGUGUUUUAUUUUCAAUUUAGUAGUUAUAAUUGUUGUUAUUCGAAAUGUCGAGACCCGGAGAUAGACCAAGUCAAGCUCAAACGUACAAGCUUGUUGUUGUCGGCGGCGGAGGUGUUGGAAAGAGUGCCAUUACAAUUCAAUUUAUACAGAGUUACUUUGUAACGGACUAUGACCCCACCAUUGAGGACAGCUACACAAAGCAGUGUGUCAUUGAUGAUAUUCCAGCUAAGUUGGACAUUCUAGACACUGCGGGUCAAGAAGAGUUCAGUGCGAUGCGAGAACAGUACAUGCGAUCUGGUGAGGGUUUCCUCCUAGUAUUCUCGGUCGCUGACCACGCCAGUUUCGAUGAGCUGUUCAAGUUCCACAAGCAGAUCCUUCGCGUCAAGGACCGCGAUGAGUUCCCCAUGCUGAUGGUGGGCAACAAGGCUGACUUGGAGCACCAGAGAGUGGUAACGUUAGACGAGGCGCAGGCACUCUCCAGACAGUUGAAAGUACCAUACAUUGAAUGCAGCGCUAAAGCGCGAAUGAACGUUGACCAGGCCUUCCACGAACUCGUCCGACUAGUCCGUCGUUUCCAGGAAGCGGAGAGGAUCCACAUCAAGUCAGAUAACAGGAUCAAGAAGAAAAAGUGCACUAUCUUGUAACAGCACCGGUGUGAGGUGAGCUUUAUAAAAAAAAUCGAACGUCAAAUUCAAAUGACAGAUGUCAACAUUUAAAUAAUUGGUGUCUGUCGUUCGAACAUAAACAUGGUGCUUCUAAUCUGAUGUUUUUGCAAAAUUCACUUUUUGUUGUUUUUUUUUGAGAAGCCUUUAUUUAAAUAGCACCCUACUUUUAUUUAUUUUUAAGUGCUAAUAUAAUUCUUAAAUAUAUACAACCUCGUUUUUAGCGUUUAAGCUAUUUAUAUUUAAAGUGUACUGGAAUUAGCUUUGAAAUAUUAUUUAAAGCAAUUUAGCAACACUGUUGGCACUGGAAGAAAUUAUUACAAUAAUACUUCAUAAGCUAAUAAAUUCUCUGCCAUCUUUGGCUGAGUCCGUUAAACAUAAUCUUUACACUAAACUAAUUUGACUCAAGCCUGGUUUCUAUAUUAAAAAACGACUCGUUCUCCUUACCAGUUUAAUCGUGUAAUUAAUGAUACAUAUUAUUAUCGAAAACCCUAGCAUCGCUUAUUUCUAGUCUUCAUAAGCAAAACGAUUUAUCCUUGAAUGUAUACAAGACAUAAAUAAGAUAUCCUUUUCAACAUCAUAUAUUGAUGCUGUAAGGGCCAAAGGUAUAUAAAAGUUAAGUCACAAAAGAACAAGGGGAAAAUAUAUUAUUCAAUUAAAAAAAAAAACAAUUGAUAUCUACCAAUUCAGUUAAAUUUGAGGCUUUAGUGUGGUUUUGAGGAAUAACCCUUUUAAAAUAGAGGAUGCCUUAGCCCCGCUGUGGGAUAGUUGCUUUCUAAGGAAAACUCUACCGUGCCACGAGUGGAGCACUACACAGGAUCAGCCCCGGAUGCGUUAUAUCGAUACAAUCCAGUAGCCUCUGUUAUUUUCUGAUGCAAUAGCGGGAGUUUUGUGGGUAAUAAUCAAACAUAACCCAGUUCUCCAUAAAAGGCUUCCAGCUACUCAAGGUAGCUAGAGAGAGUGAGAAGUUACAUGUUACUUUAAGUUUAUAAUCAAUGUAUACAUUGGAAUAAUAUUUCCUUGUAUUUUAUUCAUAUAAAUUUCAUAUACUUGUUGCUAACAUAUGAAUUUUAAUUGUAACUUAAUUUUAACAUAUAACCUUUUGCUUUUAUGGUAUCAACGUAAAUAAGAGAUUAUUUAGUUUUUACUUCAGUUAGAUUACUUUAGAGAAUAUGUUUAACAAAAUCGAGUCAACACAAUUCAAAUUGGUUUAACAAAAUUUCUUAAGAUUUUUAUAUCAUAUAUAUUGUUUUAUGUUAUAUAUUAAGCAUUAUUAAUAUUUGUUUCAAACUAAACACAGUUAACUUUACAUUUAUAUAAUAAAAUUAUAUGUUAUGGUCGCGGACACAACACCUGUUAAAUUUCAACAGAAUUUGUUCUGCAAACUGUACCUGUUACUAUCCAGUUUUAUGUAAGUUGAUGUAUUGAUUUUUUUUUUGUAUUUUAGUACAAUUUCUAUUGAAAAUGACCCCAUACAUUUUAUUGAGUCAACUAUUUCGCACAAUACUACAGAAUUUUAUAGUAAUUAUUACAAAAUAAUUAUCUGUCUACUAAAAAGAACUGAAUAUUACUUGGUCAUAAAAGUUAAUCAAGAUAUAUCGUUUAAUAAGUUUUUUCUUGUUUAAUCUGGAUCGGUAUUAAACAUGUAAUAACAUUUGAUUAUAAAUUUAAAUUUUGAGAACUAAUAUCCCGGUUAAAGAAAGCGUUCCAAACUCUGUAAUGGUGAAAUAUUUUAUAAGGAGUAUUGUUAUUAUGUCAAUACCAUUUAUUCAUCCCUUCUAUAAUAUAAUAUUAUGUCAACUUUACAAUGAUAUUCUUGUUUUAUUUAAUUUUUAAUAUGUAUGAUAGCAUUUUUUUUUAUAUAAAUAUUCGCUGUUACAAAGUUAUGUCUACUGCUUGUAGGGUAUCACUAUUAGUGACCAACUGACAGACGCAUUUAGUGCGUCGGGAACGCAUUCUUUCAGGGAACGGAUUUUAAGUAGUGUCCACAUCAACGUCUCGAAACCAAAUACUAAUUUAUACUGUAUUUUUGUUUAGUUUGUCUAUUUGUAAUGUAUAUCAGCAUACGGAUCGAGUAAAUUGAAAAACUUGUUUUUGAUAUAUUGUGCACAAUUUUAUUACUAAAUGAGCUGUGAAUGUUCGUAAUGUUAUUAUUAUUGUUAUUAAAUGUUUUGAUUACAUAAAAAUUAUCUAUCGAGAAAUGCUCGAUAGAUUCGUUUUGCCAACGUUUGGCUUAAAUAUGACAAAUUGGAAUGUUUAAUAAUAAUAAUAAUAUAAUGCACAAAGGUCGGUCGUGACCUUGAUGUCGAUGGUCUUACAAAUUAUUUUGUAUUAUUAGUAGAUGGGUCUUCCAAUAAGUAACUCUUGUGAAUUGGGUAUUUAAAUGUCAAAAAUAAUGUCACUCAUUUCAAUAGAUGAAGAUGACGUUUCACGUUAUGCAAUACCAAUAUUUACGACGUUGUGACGUCACGUUCGUUCGGUAUAUGUCACUGUCAUUAUGCUAAGUUUUUUUUUUAAUUUGUUUAUAUUGUGUUUAUAUCUCACGGGCUACGGUUCUUUGAUAUACGACACCAGCCGACUGCCACUUUAGACUGUUAAUUAUAUAACUUCACUAUACAUAAUUUACUUAUCAUGACGUUUAUUCUGCAGUUGGUUUUGAUUGUCAUGUGUUUGAUGAAUGAAAAAGGGAUUUGGCAUACUCAUUGGCAUUGGCAAUAUUUCUGCUAGUGAGUUUGUUCCCCAACAUCAUAUUCGAGUUGUUAAUAUAUACAUAGAUGCGCCCCCUAUAUUUGAUUCCUGAAUUUAACGAAUAGUUAUUGUACUUCAGAAACUGAUCGUUUUUGAGUUGCGAAUAACGAGAUGUUACAGUGGUUUCUAUAGGAAUUGUAUGUAUAUGCGACUUUAUUUGUUUAAGGGAUGCUCUUGAAUAAUACAACCUGGGUGUAAAACGAAUCGUUUAUUGUACAAAGUAAUAGUACAUUAGUCGGCUGUAUCCGACGUUGUCAUGACCUCCGUACUAUAUUUAUAAUUAUAAAAAAAAGCAAAACUGUAAAACUUAGCAACGUGAUCAUUCUAUUUAUGGAAGGAAUAAUUUAAAUACCCAAUUAAUCCCAUCAGUGUUAGGUAUUUUGUAACAAAGAUAUACAUACUAUAUAUUUUU